AUGUGUAAGCGCCAAGUACCCCUCACCGUCCCCCCACUUCCCCCCUCUCCGUCCCCCCACUUCCCCCCUCUCCGUCCCCCCACUUCCCCCCUCUCCGUCCCCCCUCUCCAUCCCCCCUCUCCGUUCCCCUCACUCGAGCAUGCGGAAGCUCCCCGCUCGCUCCCCGGCUCCUUCGGCCCGCUUCCCGCUUUCCGUCCACCCCUCCGAUCCUCUGCUUCGUUUCCCCCGCGCCGUUCCCCCGUCCCCGUCCCCUUCUGCGCCCCCCUCCCCGUCUCCCCGGUUCCUUCCGCGCUCGUCCGAAAUUACGCGCCCCAGCCUCCUCCCUUCGCGAGUUCUUUCCGCCUGCUUUCCGGUUUCUCCCCUCUCUCACACUCCACCAUCGCUCCCGAUCUCUUCCCCCCUUCCCCAUCCCCCCAACCCCUCGCCUCGCCCCUUUCCCACCUUCCACCCUCCACCCCUCUCUUCGCAUCUCCGCUAGCUUACUUCCGCCCCACCCCUCCCCGUUCUCUCUCCCGUUUUCCGCCCUUCGUUUCAAUAGUCCAACCGCUAAGCGCACUGGGCAAGGCGUUGCGAGUACCGAGCAGCUAUGGGUGGUUGGGCACGCGCGAGUGCAACGACGGGUGGACGGGCGUCGUGUGCGACGCGGACGGCAAGCCUAUUUCGAUGUGCGUCUCUGAACGGCAAGUAUUUGAGAGGGGAAGUGCCGCCGGCCCUGGGUCAGCUCACCAACCUCGUGCACCUGUGAGUGCUGACUCAGGUGCUGCCUCAGGUGCUCACUCAGGUGCCUUGGGUGCUGCGUGUUGCCUCAGGUCCAUCAAGGGCGGCGAUCUCUUUGGCAGUCUCCCAGAGGAGCUCAGCUCUCUCACGCGCCUCAUCCACCUUGCCAUCGGCUCAAAGCCCUCCUUCAGCCAGCUCACCAACAUUCGAGGACCCCUCCCCGCCGCCUACUCAGCCCUCGUGGCCCUACAAUACCUCGACUUGGGCUUUAAUCGCCUCUCAGGAGCGAUUCCCGACUCCUGGGGUGCACUUGAGAGCCUCUUCUACCUGUACAUGCCCAACAACCUGCUCUCUCAGCGCAUCCCCACGGGUGUUGCCAGCCUGCCCCAUCUGGACCAUGUGUGA